AGUCUCCUCUAUCCUCUCCCAGAAGAGAGGACCGGCGGAGGCACCUCUCCGAGUCUUAGACUGCACAGUCUGAGACUUAGCGAGAGGAGCCUGGAGGAGACAACCCUUCUCUCUCCUUUACCUAUCCCUUUCUUUUACUUACAGACGGAAGCUGAGGCGCGGAGCUUUAGAAAGUUCGUGGUGGCCGGAAGCUGUCCUUGCGCAGCGGGGCCACUCUCUGCAGAGCCAGAGGGUGAGUCGGCUUCUCGCUGAGCACCUAGGAGAAUGGAUCGCAGGUCCCGGGCUCAGCAGUGGCGCCGAGCUCGCCAUAAUUACAACGACCUGUGCCCGCCCAUAGGCCGCCGGGCAGCCACCGCGCUCCUCUGGCUCUCCUGCUCCAUCGCUCUCCUCCGCGCCCUAGCCACUUCCAACGCCCGCGCCCAGCAGCGUGCCGCCCAGCGCCGGAGCUUCCUUAACGCCCACCACCGCUCCGCCGCUGCCGCCGCUGCUGUCGCACAGGUACUCCCCGAGUCCCCUGAAUCUGAGUCUGAUCACGAGCACGAGGUGGCCCGGCCUGCGCUGGCCCGCCCCGAGUGCCUAGACUACGACCGGGACGACUACGAGACCGAGACCGAGACCGAGUCGGAGACCGAGACCGAGACCGAGACCGAGACUGAGACCGAGUCGGAGACCGAGUCUGAGACCGAGUCCGAGACCGAGACGGAGACGGAGACCGAGACCGACACCGAUUUUGAGUCCGAGCCUGUGUCUGAGCCUGAGACCGAGCCCGAAGACGAGCGCGGUCCCCGGGGCGCCACCUUCAACCAGUCUCUCACCCAGCGUCUGCACGCUCUGAAGUUGCAGAGCGCCGACGCCUCCACAAGCCGUGCGCAGCCCACCACUCAGGAGCCUGACAGCGCAAGCGAGGGGGAGGAGCCCCAGCGCGAGCCCUUAGACGAGGAUCCUCGGGACCCCGAGGAGUCAGAGGAGCGCGAGGAGGCGAGGCAGCCCCGUCGCUGCAAGACCAGGAGGCCCGCCCGCCGCCGCCGCGACCAGUCCCCCGAGUCCCCUCCCAGAAAGGGGCCCAUCCCCAUCCGGCGUCACUAA